CUGUUGUGGAGGAGACUUGAGUCUAAACUCGGGUUUAACUCGGUCCAACUCUGUCCAGCCUUUUCGAACCUUGGUGUUGUUCUAUUCUAGGGUUUAGCUUCUGCGAUUCGAGGCGGCGGUAGCGGGGGCGGAAGAGCGCCAGAAUGAAGCCCGUGGUGGGGAUCGUGGUGUCGAACAAGAUGCAAAAGUCGGUGGUGGUGGCGGUGGAUCGGUUGUUCCACCACAAGAUUUACAAUCGCUACGUCAAGCGCACCAGCAAGUUCAUGGCUCACGACGAGAGCAACGAAUGCAACAUCGGCGACCGGGUUAGAUUGGAUCCUUCAAGGCCACUGAGCAAAAGAAAGCACUGGGUUGUUGCUGAGAUAUUGCAGAAAGCUAGAAUCUAUGUUCGACCAUCUCUGGCAGCUCCAUCUCCUGGAGAACAAUCUGCUGCUUCUAAAACAGCUGAAACUGUUCCUUCUUCUUAGGGUCUCCGAAGCAGGAACGAUGAACCAUAUGACGACAGGGGAAUCUUGUCGAUUGAUUAUGUGACUAAAACAGAAAGUGUCACUUCAUUUUUAUUUUCUCCUGUCAUUGGAUUGUUGUUAAGCCUCCCAUGCCUGGUGGUCUAUCAAAACAAGUAAAUUUGGUGCUGA